CAGCCACGCACCGCUAGUCGGUUUAAAGCCACAGGAUUUGGAUUACAUAGCUUGUGAGACAGCCGAUGAGCCUUGAGCACGGGAGGGAGGGAGCUAAGGGCUGAUUUUUAUCUUUUACCGGAUCGAGAAGGGGAGGAGGCACGGAGAAUGAGUUAUUCUUAUACCAGCACAGAGCCUGUUUGCUGUGAGGUGCAUUAGCCAGCGCGCAACUAAAGGCUGCAAGCAAGUAAAUCGGCUCCUGCGGCGACGACGCCGAGAGCACCAGAAAGCCUCAGUUUCUGUCAGGUUGCACACCGAAUAGCCCUCUUCUGUUGGACAUGAAAGUGCAGCAAGGCUGCAACUCAUCAGACAUGGGGAUCCCGGUAACAACUGAAGAAGAAUUGCGCAGAAAUACCGUAAUAACGCCCGAGGAUGUGCUUGGGCUCCAGAAGAUCACCAAGAAUUAUCUUUGUUCUCCGGAAGAAAAUGUCCACAUGAUCGACUUCACCAGGUUCAAGAUCCGUGACAUGGAAACAGGGACAGUCCUGUUUGAGAUCACUAAACCUCCAAUGCCAGCAGGUGACAAAAAGCACUGUGACCCCAACGCUGGGCGUUUUGUCCGAUACCAGUUCACCCCAGCCUUCCUGCAGUUGCGGCAGGUUGGAGCCACAGUGGAGUUCACAGUGGGAGACACACCCAUCAACAACUUCCGCAUGAUUGAGAGACACUACUUCCGUGAUCAGCUGCUCAAGAGCUUUGAUUUCGAAUUCGGCUUCUGCAUGCCCAGCAGCAAGAACACUUGCGAGCAUAUCUACGAGUUCCCCGCACUGUCCGAGGAAAUCAUGCGUGAGAUGAUCCUGCACCCGUAUGAGACGCAGUCUGACAGCUUCUACUUUGUGGACAACAAGCUGGUGAUGCACAACAAGGCAGACUAUUCCUACAGUGGGGGACCAUAGGAACACCACCCUCAACUUCACUCCUCCCUGUUCUAGACAUUUUACAUGAUCCACAUACCACGUCAGGACCAGAAACAGAUGAACUGAUGGACAAUUUGCUGGCAUUAAACAUUCUUGUCUCCCUCCUGUUAACUCCUUGAAUUUCAGAUAUUCAGCUGCCAAUAGACCAAUAGAUUUCUCUCUUUGCAGGAACAUCGAAUUCUGACAGUUUGAUCAUCAGUUUGCAUCAGUGCGUGUGUGUGUGUGUGUGUGUGCGUGUGUGGGUGUGUGUGUGUGCGUGUGUGUGUGUGUGUGUGUGGGCAGCAAACACAUGCAGUGUCUGUACAUACUGUUGAUUUCACCCUGUAUAUGUGGGUUCCUCUUGAUCGUCAGGAAAACAUUGAUUCAUUUACAUUUUGUGUGUUUUGAUAGCUAUUAACAUGAAGAGGAAAAGGAGACAGUGAGUUUUGUUUGUCUUCACUUGUACAUAUAAUGUACAAGUCCAUUUACCAUUAAACCAGAUGAGACAGAAACACACCAUGAGGCAAAGAGAAAAAUGAAGUUAUUCCAAAAAAAAUAAAUAAAUUAUCCAUCCAGAUGCAAAUUAACAAUGUUUGUAUAGGAAUCUCAUUACAUUUUAACUCCUAAAGUUAAAUUUCUAGUAGCACAUAUCUGAAUGAUCAAGCCCUCAUCCCAUUAUCUUGGUCUGUCGUCAUUCAUUUGAAUGACAAAAAGAAAUGUGUACUUUGUCUAUGUAAAUGUGUCAUUUGUUGUAUGUUUUCAUGUCCAUAGUACUACUACUUCAGGAGUAUUUUUUAAAUAAAUAGCCAUUUUGAAGUGUCAGAAAACCUACGUUAGCUAAAAAGUCAGAUACCAAUUUUGAUAUCCAGUACAGUUCUCUGUAGUACUGAACACUGUGUAUACUUCAAUUAUGAUAAAUGUUUUAAGUAUAAAAAGAAAACGUAUGUAAAGUUUUGACAGCGGAAAUUCCAUCACUGCAAUAAAAAUGGGAUUUUUUUUUU